CCUCGCGGCUCUACUGACGGAACGAAGCACUUGCUCAUGGAUUGGCGCGUCGUUUGCGGACAUGCUCGAGGUUCAUGCUCGAUGUUCAUGGGCGGCUUGGAGUGCUCUGGUUCGAGAGUUCCGUUAUUGCGGGCUGAAUGUUGACAAGGUCGCCUUUGUUGUCGACGAUUUAACCGUUGAUUCUGGCCCAGUACAUGUUGACGCCGUCUCCCUUCCCCUCCUUCACCGCCAUCUAUUGAACCGUGCCAGGUUUAUCCGCGUCGACCAUGCCCGUCAUUGUUGGUGUCUGUCGCGGUCGCGGUCGCGUCCCAUCUGUCGUUUGUGCAACCGCACAGCCCGAGAGACUUGUGUUGCCCUGUCGACCUUGGGCUCCACGGACGAUGCGGAUGGACGCGUGGGAGGCUUUGACUGCCAUUUAUUAGUAAACACACAUGAUACGAGCAGUAGUCGUACACCAUACGGCUGUCCGUGUACCCCCCGAACACCCGCGCCAUCCACCACUGACCAGAGCCAUUACUGAGCAUAUUGCCGUGAUUUCAAGAGACGACAAUGGGUCCGAGAGGAUUUGUACCAACUCCCAAUGGGUAUUUGAAGAACGCCUACAGUACAU